AUGCUUCUGAGAGCAGCACCGAUGUUAGCUGUUGUGCCCGUCCCUUUGCAAGAUCGCAGUUUGGUUGCGCGGAGAGAAGGGAAAGAGCCCAUUCGCGGUGAUAGCGAGGUGCCUGGUGACCUUGUACAGAGAAGCAGCCAUGCGACGCGGAACGCGAAGCAGGAGCUGGUUGCCUCGGGCCCACGAAUAAAAAUGCAAUACGCAAAAACAGUGAAUAAAAACAAGAGGAGAAGUACAAAGCCCUUCUCCCCGGUACAUGCUAGCAAAAACCAGAUCCACACUCCUGCACUAGAAGAGGAUAUCCCCACCUUACCUCCAUGGCUCGACAACAGUUCCCAUCCGGCCUCCCCGCAACCCGUCCCCCGGCGCCCACUGCCCCUUCUCCAAUCAGCACCCCAAGCGUCCCCUUUGCUGAGCUUUUCGCACACCCAUCCCCGCAAAGGAUGCACACCCGCACCUUGUUCCGUGCCACGGGACAGCGGACGGCUCCAAGGAUGCGCCAGAGAGCGUGCGAAUGAGAGUGUUGAGGAGUAUGCGCCGUGUCUCCAGAGUGUGGACGGCGAGCGUUCUGGCGGAACAAGCAUGAGCACCAUGGGUUGCUGUCGUAAACUUUAG